UUUUUUUUUUUUAAAAAAAAAACCUUGUUUGGUUAUGAAUUCCUAUUCUUUCUGGGUCUUACUUUCCUUUUUCUUUAUGUGAAAUUUUCUUUCUCAUCCAAAGAUAUUGGGUUUUAGUUUUAAGUUCAGUGAGGGGAUUUACCAUUGACAUAUUAUUCCGAAGUUGAAUGCUGCGUUUUCAAUUCUGAGAAGCUAGAUAAUGGGCUCUAUUUGUAGUUGCUUUCUUGCUGAGGAUCCUGCAGAAAAUAGUAGCAGAAACUCCAAUGUCAAAGGAUUCAUUCAUACCAUAUUCAUCAAGUAUGCGACAGUGUUCAACACAGGCGAUACCAGUGUCCUGCCAGAAGCAAAUACUGGACUGCACGCCAUGAAUUCCAACGGACAGUCUCCGCUGCCACGGCUUUCGUCACUGCCACUGCUGCCAUCACCGCCGCGGCUGCAGGUGCAGCUCCCACGUGCAAAUAGUGAAAGUCAAUUACAAAAUAACAUACAGCAAAUAACAAAUGGAUUUGAUAUUGUUAGAUCAAGUGAUUAUAACAAUUCAUCAAAGUCUCCUCAUCCCAUUAGAGAAUCAAAACUAGAAGCUGAAAUUACUUAUUUAUAUGCUUCCCAGGAUGAUGAAGAUGUUUGCCCCACAUGUCUUGAAGAUUAUAGCUUUGAUAAUCCAAGGAUAGUGACACAUUGCCAGCACCAUUUCCAUCUUGGAUGUAUAUAUGAGUGGAUGGAAAGAAGCCAAUCCUGCCCCCUUUGUUUUAAGGAGAUGGUAUUUGAUGAAGCUACGUGAAGUAUCGAUACAAGCUUGAUGAUGUGUGUAUAUACAAUUUGAUUAGAGAUUUAGAUUGAAAGUCUAUUCUCUAAUAUCAAAAUCCCAAAUCAAAUAUUAAAUACAUGAGAAAUAUUACUUAUAUCCCGUUUCACAAUUUUUUCAUAUUUUUAUACGUUCAGACCCAUAACUAUAAGAAGUAAAUUCCUUUCAAA